CAUAUGUCAACAUCAGGCCAACUGGAACGAAGAAGAGCGAUUUCGGAAAUUCGGGAUAGAAAACCCAAAUAAUUUUUUGUAAAAAUGGCUUUUGUGUCCAGUAGUGAUGAUUUAUUUGACUCCGUUAUCAUGGCAGAUGACAGGUUUCAUGAUGAAGGGUAUCAGGAAGGGUUUGAGAAGGGAACUCGACAGGGAACCAUCGAGGGUAGAAAUCACGGACGGCUACACGGAGCCAAACUCGGUGCACAGGUUUCUUUUUAUUAUGGAUUUGCCCUUGCAUUUAAAUAUCUCCUUCAAAACAGUAGUGAUAUUAAAGCAAGAAAAAGGCUGAAAGCUAUGGAAUCUUUGAUUGGAUUGAUCCAGAACUUCCCAUAUGAGGACCCACAGUAUGAGAAACUUCAAGAGGACAUGGAAAGGGCGUGUGCCAAGUUUAGACAGGUGUGCUCUUUACUGAACCUGGCAACAGAAUAUGUGAGUGGAUCAACGGGAAUGUCCUUCUAAGACGACAGGAGCCUUACAG